AAUUUACAUUCUUGUUUUGACGCCUUUUUGACGCUGUUAAAAUCUCCUGUGUAUGCAUGAACUUAUAAUUUCGUUUUUGAAAACGUUUUCUGGUUUUCAAGAGCCGAUUUAAGUUUAUUGUUUCAACCAUGAAGCGAAGUCCGUCCAGGCCAAGUAAAACUCGUAACGUCAUUCUUGGGAUAUCUUCUGGUAUUCAUUUAACCUCUGGUCUUGCAGUUAUCAUCUUUCAAAUUAUGCUAAUCUAUGCUAAUUCGCUAUACCACGACAUUGGAGGAGGGCUAUGGGCAGGACCAGUUUUCUUCAUUCAAGGAGUCCUUGGAUUCAUUUGCUUGUGUGAUGUAUUAAUGUGCAGUGUGGUAUCAUUUUUAGUGUCGUCUGUCAUUGGAGCUCUGCUAACUGUUGCAUUAGCAGCUAUUGCCGCUGUAGAUUUAGGCUCUAUCUCUAAAUGUCCCAAAGAGGACUUCAGAACCUCACCAUUUUAUCCAGGAUAUUGCAACCCUCACAAUGCUCCAAGGAUUGUUCAAGCUUCUUGGGGAAUUAUAAUAACAUCUUGUAUUCAGCUGAUAGCUUCAGCCUGUUCCAUCUAUAUUUGCAUGAGAAUAAUAUAUAGCAGUGAUUCCUCACCGACACCAGCGAUGUCGAAUCCUUAUUUGUACGAUGAAAUUCCGUCCCCCAGCCAAACAAGAUUUCGUGGGUCCUUGCAGUCUGCACAAGAAAAGGUUCAAACAUUCCGUAGCAAAUCUACUUACAGUCUAAAUUCAACUCUUCCGGUGAGGAGGAGUAAAUCGGUUGAUCGUUUUUCAGAUGACAACGAUUCGUUUUCCGAUCAAAAUAUGAUCAUGUAUUCUACCAAUUCGGUAAAUGUGGUCCCCAGUGGAGCCCGAUACAAAAAACCGUCUGCGAAAGUAUCGAACGCGAAUUCGAUGUAUAGCGUUAUGUACCCUUCUGGUCGUCCACUUCGCGUCGCACCUCGACCUCCCUCGACUCGUUCACUGAAUCUAAACGGCGAGUUACCCGGAUAUAUGAAACACACCGCUGUUUAACUAGAUUAUGAAGCUGAACUAAAUGUCGAUAGAGAGAGGAAACUUGCUACUUUAGGCUUACUUGACCGUCAAAUGUAUGAACCGUCGUUAUAACCUGCUAGUCGCGAUGAAAAAUUCCGUUUCGCUUAUUUACAUCAACACUCAUUUUGCAAUUCUCGUUCGUCAUUUCGUGUUGAAUUCGCGAGUGUUGCUUUUCAUGCCAUCCAACAAUCAUCUUGUAUAUUAGGAACGCUGAGGCCCUAUACUUAAUUUGUGCUCAUCUAUUUUGUGACGGGAUGUGGGAUGGGGGGGGUGGGAUGGGAUUCAACAAGUGCCUGCGGAAUUUUUUUUUAUUUCAGUGACUGGUCUCAUCGUUUGUCCACUUUUUUUAUACAUCAAUUUUAAUGACAUCAACUGUAGUUUUAUUACCGAAAACUUAAUAAGACACGCAGAUCAUCGGUAUAAGGCCGAUCAAGAAGGAAAAUAAAAAACAUUUUAGCUAGGUUUACGAAGUUCUUGCCUCUGUCGCUAGGAGCCAGUACCAGUAUUGUAGUAGCCUACCGUUUACAUAGGCAAUUCGUUUUGCUUCUUUUAUGCUACCCUUUUGGGAGAAGGAGUCUAAGCUAUCAACCAGAGUUUAGUUCAGUAACUGCAGUUUGCGUCACAGUCCCGCACACAGCGAAAAUAUUGUUAGAUUUGAACUUCCACCUAAAGGCGAACACGGUUUCACUGCGAUAAUUUACGUAGUGUUUACUAGAUGGCGGGAAAAGUAGAACAUCCAAGCACUUGGGUAAGAACCCUUGACAAAGAAACUGAAUCGCCCGUUGAUGGAAUCAUUAUUGGCAAGAUUCCAGAAUGGUUACAAGGUUCAUUAAUGCGCAAUGGAAGCGGGAUAUUUGAAAUCGGAGAAACGAAGAUGGAUCAUUUGUUCGAUGGAUUGUCAGUAAUUAACCGCUUCGCCAUUGAUGGCCAAGGCGAAGGAAAAGCAACUUACCAAAAUUGUAUCCUCAAAAGUGAUACAUAUAAAGAUUCGAAAGCUGCUAAUCGACUGACUGUGCAUCAGUUUGGUACCUUUGCGUAUCCUGAUCCUUGCAAAUCUCUUUUGGGAAAGUUUACGGCACGCUUCGAGCCUGUUACCAAAACUGAACGAACAGAUAACUGCUCUGUUAAUCUCUGUUAUUUUGGGGAUAAACUAUACGCUCUGACUGAAUCUCCCUUUAUACGCCAAAUUGAUUCAGAAACUCUCGAUAUCAUCGGCGAAAAAUGCGAUAUAAGUAAACUUGUAGCUGUCAAUCAUGCUACUGCACAUCCUCACGUGAAUAAAGAUGGAACCGUUUAUAAUAUGGGGAAUUCCGUUGGAUCAAAAGGACCCGCUUAUAAUGUGAUUGAAUUUCCCGCAGGGGAUGGAGCAUUUUGUAGACCAAAAAUUGUUGCUACCUUUCCGUCACGUUGGAAGAUGAGUCAUUCCUACUACCAUAGUUUUGGCAUUACAGAAAACUACUUUGUUUUUAUUGAAUAUCCGCUGAUUGCAAAUACUGCAAAACUUCUAACACUGAACUUACGACAGAAAGCAUUUGAUUCAUCGUUGGACUGGUCACCGACAGAACACACUCGAAUCAUUCUUUGCGAGAGAAAAACUGGUGAACUAGUCGAAACUGUUUACGAAACUCCACCAUUUUUCUCCUUUCAUAUUGGAAACUGUUACGAGAAAGACGGUUAUCUCGUUAUGGAUCUUUCACACUGCAAGGAUGACACAGUUAUGUCUGGUUUGAGUGUGAAAAGCUUGCGCGAAAAUAAGGGUGAUUUUACCAAUACAUAUUACACUCGUUUCGUACUACCAUUAGCGGGAAUUGAGCCUCCUGUAGACAAGAAUUUUCAGAAACGUGAAAAUUUAAUAAAAUUAGAAGGAUCAAAAUGCAUUUCUUACUGGAUAUCAGACAAGAUAAUAUUUUGUGAACCUGAUCGUUUGUCAGAUCUAAGUUUGGAACUUCCACGAAUAAAUUACUCUCGAAAUGGAUUAGAGUAUCGAUUUGCUUAUGGAAUCUCGCAAACGGACGGUUACGCCGAAUCAGAAAAGAUCUUGAAACUUGAUGUGAAUUCCAGAGAUGUUAAAAUAUGGGCAAAAACUGAAUUCAGUCCAUCUGAACCUGUUUACGUUUCACGCCCUGGAUCGACAGAUGAAGAUGACGGAGUUAUCUUGUUUUCUGCAGUACAUCAAGUUGAUGUUAAGAAAGUUUUACUUGUGAUUUUAAAUGCAGCUACCUUUGAAGAAGAAGCUGUCGUAGAGUAUGUUGCUUCUGGAGUAGUGACGAAAGAUUUUCAUGGCCUUUUCUCUCGAACUGGCGAUGCAUUGCAUGGUUACUGAUAUGAAAUGAACUCUUAUUAAACACAAGGGAAUUUUUCUCCCAAAUUAUGUACUCUCUAAUCAAACUAAGGUAUUUCAAUUUUGUGGGCUUUUAAAUUCCAAAGAAAAAAUGCUUGUAACUAUUGAUUCCACUUAAAUUACAAAGAAAUGCAAAUACAAUAUCUAAAUACUU